AAUGGACCGCUCGGUUCCAGUUUCAAAUGUCGACGUACAAACAAAACGCUGCGUCCCUAACCUGCAUUUAAAAAGCGCGUUUCGCUGGCAGGCAGAACAUCGCAGGGAAAAAUCAGAAACAUUUAGGUCCACGAUGGACGAAGUGGACGAGUUGCAGAAUAUGGAAAACGUGUGCAGGCUCUGCCUUUCUACCGACGAACCAAAGUUAUCGGUAUUCGGAGAGCAAGAGUCCCCGGUAUCGUUAGCCAAUAAAAUACAGGCAUGCCUAUCAAUUCAGAUUUUAGCCACCGACAAACUAUCAACCCAGAUAUGUGCAGAAUGUGUCAAAACUGUGAAUCAAUGGCAUAAUUACAAGGAAGUAUGUCUUCGUUCUCAAGACAAACUACAUUUAUGGCUAGAAAAACAUGUACAAACACCCCCAGUGAUUGCAAGUAUCAAGAGCGAACCAGUGGACCUAGACUUUUAUGAUGACAUUGUUGAAGUGAUUUCAGAAUCCACCAAUGAUUCAGAUUUGGAGCCAAUUAAUCUUGAGGAAAGUACAGAUAGUUUGGUGAAUAAUGUUCCAGUUCAAGAGCUAACUGAUAAUGAAAUAGAAACAGAGAGGGAUCAACCAGCAUUGGCAAAGGAUAUGGACAUAUGUAUUAUAAAAUCAGAGCCACAAGAUGACUAUGAUACAGAUUGUACUAUAGAGAUAGAAUCAGUUACAGGUAGUGAACUACCAAAUCAGCUUACAGAUAAAGAUGAUAUAGUUAUGGAAGCCGAUUCUACGCAAAAGUUUAACGCAUCCGCAACAGUAAAUAAAAAGAGAACCAAACGGGGUCCGCACACUCAUUUCAGAGGAACACGAGUUUUUAAACAAAAGUGUGUACAUUGUCAAAUCAUUUUGCACUCUAAGCAAUCUUAUUCGAAGCACAUGGAAAGAUUCCAUACCGAUAAACAAAAUGGUAGUACCGAGGUAGCCGAGUUACAAGAUGGGGAAGAAUUGGUCGAGGAUUUAGAGGAUGAGUUGAUGAGCAUGGAGAAGGAUGCUCCCUUGACUCAAGUACAACAGAAUAUUAUCAGCCAAUUAAAAACGUACUUGUGUUACACUUGUCAGCAAACCUUUACCGAUUGGAGGAGCACUCUCACUCAUAUCCGUGAACAUAUGCCCGAUUUAAGGCCAUGCACAUGCAUCGCAUGUAUGACGGAAUUUCCGGAUGGAUCGAUGUUCAAAUUACACUGUGAAGUAUCAUUUGAGUGUGCAAUGAAAAUCGCAUUAGUCAUACCAAAACACGGCGAAGAGAAGUAUUUCACGUGUAACAUGUGUUUACGCGCUAUGCGAAAUAGAAAGGAACUACUCAGUCAUCUCUCGAAACACUCCGAUAAACAGUACGAGGAACUGGUGUCGCCUUCACGAUCUCCCCCUAAAUUGAAACCAAUGACCCCGCUACCAUCUCCUAAACAGAAGCAAGUAAACAAAGUGCAUGAAGCUAAAUUAGAGAUACCCAAACCCUACAAAAACGGCGAUGCCGCAUAUAAUCACGUUUGCGAUUUAUGCGGAAUGAUUUAUAAGUUCAGACCUAACAUGUUGAAGCACAAAAAUCUAUGCCAGCAUUUGCCACCGGAGAAUAGAACAUCCUACAGAUGCGUCCACUGUGGAAUGACGUUCCUUGUGUUUAAAAAGUAUCACAGCCAUAUUACGUUCGAUCACAAAAAGAAGGAUUUCACUUGUUCCAUUUGCAACGCCAAAUUCAGGUCUCCAAGCGAUUACUUGACACAUCACGAAUCGCAUCGCUCGACUCGCAAUAAGAAGUCAUCACAUGAAAGUAGUGAAUCAUCCUCCAUGCCAAACAUAUCGACGCCUAUCAAAGACUGGGACACCUUUGAGGCUGAAAUGAACGCGAGCAAGAUAACCAACAGUAAUCAGUACAGCUGUGCUCUUUGCAACCUGGAGUUCGCUACCAGAGCCGAACUGACCGAGCACAGAAACCUUCACUUGAAGGUGAAGAUCUAUUCCUGCGUUAUUUGCCGUAGCAUGUUUAGCAGCGCUGGUGCUUUGGAGAUCCAUAUGAAGGAUCACGGUAUAGAGGAUCCAAACGAGAGGGACGCAAACAUCUCAUGUGUAGAGUACGGAACGACGAAACCUGAGCUGGAAAAGUCAAAAUCAGUAAAUAUCAGCGCAACUUCAGAUCCUGGCACGGCCAAGAAUAAGUGUAACACGUGCAGUAAAGUAUUCUCCAACUACGCGAAUGUCAGACGACAUAUAAGGAACAUACACAAAUCGGGCAAGGCGCAUAUCAGAUGUACCGAAUGUCCUCAGAUGUUCAGGAGCACCUUUACAUGCCAUCGUCAUGUAAUGCAGGAACACAAGUCCUCGAAGACUGCGUUCCAGUGUCCCCAGUGUCCAAAGACCUUCGUCUUCAAAGCGAACAUGAACCAACAUUAUCGAACUGUGCAUGGCUCUGAAACGCCUGGUAGUUACGCUUGUGACAUCUGUGGCAAGACAUUCUUGGAAGAAGCAUCUCUGAAGAUACACAGGGGUUGGCAUAACCGAACCAAUUUUCGGUUAACCGCUGAUCUCGCAAAUGAAAAAGAUCAGAAGAAGCAAAUACUCAGAAAUAUGACCUCGCUGAAACAAGAGGAGCAGUCGUUGACCGGGACCUCGAGCAGGCCAGCUAGAGCAAAAAAAUCCUUCCCAAGCCCGCCAUCGUUGAAGAGCAGCGCUGACUAUCAAUGCCAGGUUUGUAACGACAAGUUCAAUGAUGUGGUGGAACUGAGGGAACACUUAUGGGAUGUUCAUUGUGCUCGUAACAAGUCUGAGAAGAAUUUCACCGACAACAAGUUCCAAUGCGAUCUCUGUACGUACAUUCUACCUGACCAGGAAUCAUUCAACAUGCACAUGCAGUGGCACAAAGUUCAUCCCAUCCUAAGCAACAUCGGUAAACCUUCCUUCCCUUGCGAAAUCUGUGGGAAAAACUACAGUUCCAAGAAGGUAUUGUGGAGACACAAGAAGCUUCACAAAGCCACCACCGUGGCUACUGCUAAGUUCCAAUCGAUCACCAGGAAACCCACCCUGUCGAGCCAGUACACGUGUAAUAUCUGUCGCAAGGCAUUCAGCAGCAACCAGUCGCUACAGCGUCAUAAACUGAACUUACAUGCCAACAUAUUCAAUGAACGAGCACAGAUGAUGUUUAACAACACGGCAAAAAUUCCUCAAGAGGAACCGAAAUCAAAGAGAGUGAAAUUAGAAGUAGAUGAUCCGACGCAGAAAGUAUCAGAAGCCAUGGACGCUUUACGCGCUGGCAAGAAGGCCGUAAUGUGCCACGUCUGUAGAAAGUUCUUCCCCAACAUGAGUAUACUGUACAAGCACAAACAAUAUGCCCAUAACAAGUCUCGCGUGGUGAAGAACAUCGUGAAGCCCUCAACUGUCGAGUGCAUCCCGUUGGCCGCACCCGAGGGCCGGGUAUGCUGCAACAUUUGCUUCAAGGAGUUCUCCGGUGUGUCAAAUAUGCGGCAGCACUUUACCGUGAAACACAAGAAUACCACCCUCAAGUACGCCUGCCCAGUCGAGGGUUGUAAGUUAAUGUUUCUAACUCCGGUCGCCCUGAAGAAUCACGAGCUAUCACACACCUCGAUGAUCUACAGUUGUAACCUCUGUGGCAAACACGUGUUUAGCAGAUCAGCAAUGUCCACUCACAUGCUGACCGUGCAUAAGACAGUCUACUAUGCCGAAGAGAACAAAAAUUUCCACAGAGAGACAGACUUGCACACCUAUGUGGUGGAAGGUGCAGUGGAUGCAACUUGUCCUCACUGCAAGAUCAAGUAUCCCAACAACAGAGCCAUGAAGAUUCAUUACUUCAAGUUCCACGAUGACACGAAUCGUUAGGUCCGUGAGCAUUUUGUACGAUCGAUGAACGAUUCAGCAGAAAAGUUUUUUUGAGGGGCGGGGGGUUUCAACAAAGCGUGACUGGUGGUCCUAUCAGCACAGGAAGAUUCUCCGAACUGGAUAAACGCUGUCUCGUACUCUUUUUUUUCUAUCAAUCUUAAGUUUCUGUGUUCGGUCAUGGACAAUGAUGUUCGUACAGACUUCGAGAUGCAUCUCGCCUUUCCUAUUCAUUGUUUCACUGGUGAUGUUUGAAUACACUUCGGCAUAUCCUACUUCUCUGUAGCCGCUGAUCAAGAGCUAAGUCUGUCUCUUGUUCGAUGCUGGCAGCACUUUACCAGAUCCACCAUUGUACUUGUAAAUAACACCCUAUUGCUGUAGAGUAAUGAAGGUAUAUAAGAGAGUCUAUAUAUUUGUUUGAUGUUUCUACGAGAGUCACUACAUUUUUUAAACAGAAUUUUUUAUUUUGUUCAUCACGUGGUCGAUGAUACUCCUCCGGCAUCUGCCGAUGUAUUCAGAAGACCAUGAAUAUUAAUCUCAACUUCUGUUAACGUGACUUGAACCGAUUGCCUAAGUAUCGUGAUGUUCAGUUUUGAGUCAACAUAUCAUGGUGGAACUAUGAUUACAGGAAGCCGGAUGUAAGGUUGAUUCAGUGUUAGAUCUAAAGUACUGCUUCAUCAGAGUACAAUAUUGAUCAUCGGUUCAAAGUACGUUAAUUUGAAUGAUGGAUUUAAAUGAAAAUGAUGUGUCGAAGAUGCGAAUCAUGUUCAUUUUUCGUUUUAUUUUUCGUUUGUUUGUUAUUAAGCAAUAGCGUAUCAUAUUGUUUCUACUACCGAGCGCAUUUAGUAUACGAGAGAAACUGGGAACUAUGCAUUUUUUAAAGGAUUGCUAUAUUGUGCCAGCAACUGGUUGUUCUAAACAGAUUGGUGAUGGUGUGGAUAAGAUUGGAGAGUUGGCAUAUUUCUGGACACUGGAAUGGAGAACUCUGUUUUAGAUUUUAUUAUUAAACGCAUAUUUGUAUAUGCAAUGUAUAAGCUGUAGCGUUUUUGCAUAUAGUGAACAAAUAAAGGGAGAACAAAUAAA